UGUGUUAUCUUAUCUAGGCAGCCACACCACCAAAUGGAAACUUGCGCAUACAUUGAUGCCGACUUACGAAAAGCGGCAGAAAAUGGCGAACUUGAUCCAUUCAAAAAUGUUCAACCACCUCUUGAUAGGCUACUUUCCCCAAAGAAAAACACAAUAUUGCAUAUUUACCUUAGCACUCCAAGUAAGAGACAUCCCCAGUUUAUAGAGGGGAUACUUGGACUUUGUCCGUCACUGUUAUUGAAGGUCAAUGUCCACGCUGAUACUCCGUUCCACAUUGCAGCAAGGUACGGGCAUGUUGAUGCAGCAGAAGUGCUAAUCAAACAGGCAAAGGGUGAUGAAAUAGAUUUAGAGAGCGGAGAAGGGCCAACAGAGAGUAAAAUGGCAGCAGUAAGGAAGAUGUUAAGGAUGACAAAUAAAAAUAAAGAAACGGCCUUGCAUGAGGCGGCACGAAAUGCAAGAAGUCGGGACAUUGUGAAAGCAAUAAUGAGUAAUGAAGAUCCAAAUGAGUUUAAAUAUUCUGCCAACUAUCAUGGGGAAACUCCGCUUUACCUAGCCAUUAAAAAUAGAAAUAUAAAGGUAGCUUUGGAACUAUUAAGUCAUCCCAAUUUACAAUUACUGGAUUAUGGUGGUCCCAAUGGUAAAACGGCAUUACACGAGGCAACAGUUAAUAAAAGAUUUUCAAAGCUUGUGAUACCACGCAUGCUAUUGUAUGAAAUGGGAAGCUUGACCAAAGUAACAGAUGAAAAGGGAUGGACUCCACUUCACUAUGCUGUGUACAGAAGAAAACGGUUAGCGGUCAGCAUCCUAUUACGCUUUGAUAUAUCUAGUGCCUAUAUUGCUGAUAAAUGUUGGAAGAGGACUGCUCUUCACAUUGCAGCCUGUCGAGGCUUCCAAGACAUAGUGAAAGAGAUCAUUUCUGAAUGUCCAGAUUGCUGCGAACUUACUGAUAUUAGAGGCUGGAAUGUUAUUCAUUAUGCAGUGAUCAGCAAAAGUGAUGAAGUACUGAAAGAAGUGCUGAAAUAUUCAUCAUUGAUUUAUCUUUUAAAUGAGAAAGAUGUUAAAGGAAAUACGCCUGUCCAUUUAUAUAAGGCUUGCCAUCCUCGUUUGCCUCCUUUCAUGCGACAUGGAGAUACUGAUAUGUUCAACCAUUGGAGAACAUUGCACAAGCAAAUUCAAACGGAAGGAGACUUUUCAUCAAAAAAGAACGAAAUUUUAGCGUGGAUGGAAGACCUUGGCACUGGACCAUUGGGGAAAAUUGAAAUGCGAAACAAAGAAAGAGCAGAGACAAAAGAAAAUAUAAUACUUAAAUUUGAAAAGGUCAAAGACUCUCAUUUGGUGGCUGCAGCAAUUAUAGCAACAGUAACGUUUGCAGCAAUGCUCACCAUGCCUGGAGGUUAUAUAAGUGAUAAAAAUGAUUUAAAGAAAGGGACUCCUAUCUUAAGUGGAAAUUCAGCUUUUAUAGCAUUUAUGAUAUCAGACACUAUAGCUAUGGUUUUAUCUACUUCUUGUGUCUUUAUCCACUUUAUAUUGGUGAUGUUAGGAUAUCUGGAAAGAUACUAUUGGUUGAUAAGAUGUGCCUUCAGCUUCCUCUUCUAUGCUAUGGUAGCAAUGGUGAUUACAUUUGUGACAGGCGCUUAUGCAGUUUUAGCACCUUCCUUUGGAUAUGGCAUUUGUGUCAUUGGUUUGAGCUUCUUCUGCUUCAUAUUUUAUUCGAUCAUAAGCGUAACAUGGAGUUUAUUUCUGUCGGGCAAUGAUGAUGAAGAAGUUAAUAGCUACAGAUAUCAAAUAACAACUUUCUCUUGGCUGACUGGCGGAAUAUUUUGGUUGGGUUUCUUGCACAUUGCCCUUCAUUUGGAGCUUCAACAUAUGUUUAGAAAGUUUAGAAAGCACCGGAAGGAGUAAGUCAACAGAUUCAUCAGGUAAUAUCAGAUGCCAAGAAAAAGAGACAUCCUUGCUAUUACCUCAUGAGAUGUAAAUGGUGUCUUCCUUCAUAUGGAUGUGUUUAAUUUAAUUUUCACUUUUUAAAUUUUUACUUUAAAAACAUUUAGAAGGAAUAUAUGUUAAUUAUUAGGGUAAUGCCUUACGACACCAAGACACUUAUACUCAUUAGCUUAAUGGCAUAUGUGUGGCAUGUAAUAUCUUUUUGUUUUAAUUAUUGCAUAUA